UGGUCACUCCGGCUGCCUUACAGGCUUCAGCGCAAAGGAAACGUGGCCCAUAUCAGAGGAGCUUGAACGGACUGAUGGAGCCACACAGCACUGGUGGAAACAUGGGAGAGAAGGCAGACGUGGAAGUGGCAGGGUCCCCGUUUGAGCCUUACAUCGAGUCGCUCCGGCAGCAGCUGGAAGAGCAGGAUCCGGUCUUUGUGAUCGGAGCCAUCGUCGCUUUGGCGGUGGUCGUUAUCACCUGCGUUUUUCUCAAGUAUUUCCUCACCAGUAAGACAGUGCGCAGCGCCGUGCUGCUGGUGGGACUGUGUGACUCCGGAAAAACCCUGCUCUUCAGCCGGCUGCUCUCUGGAAAGUUCAAGCGGACACAGACCUCCAUCACUGACAGCAGUGCUCCAUACAAAGCCAAAAAUGACAGGGGCAGCACCUGGACUCUCAUAGACCUGCCGGGCCAUGACAGCCUUCGUCCCCAGUACCUGGAGAAGUUCAAGUCUGCAGCCAGAGCCAUUGUGUUUGUAUUGGACAGCGCAAUCUUCCAGAAGGAAGUGAGAGACGUGGCGGAGUUCCUGUACGUGUUGUUGACAGACGCCGUGAUCUCCAGAAAUGCCCCGGCUCUCGUGGUGGCCUGCAACAAACAAGACAUCACCAUGGCAAAAUCUGCUAAACUGAUUCAGCAGCAGCUGGAAAAGGAGCUGAACACCUUGAGAGUGACUCGCUCAGCUGCACUGAGCUCUCAGGACGGCUCUGUGGGCAGCAGCAUGUAUCUGGGCAAAAAAGGUAAAGACUUUGAGUUCAGCCAGCUGCCCGUGAAAGUGGAGUUCGUGGAGUGCAGCGCCCGCGGCACCAAGGGUGAAGAUGGGGACGCAGAUAUCGAGAUGCUGGAGAAGAGCCUGGCUAAACUGUAAACAUCAGCAACUCGGUGCACACUUUGCCUUAAAGGCACAAACCUCAAAUGUGAGACCUCGCCAACAUCGCCUGCACCUCUCAGUAAUCAGAGAAGGGAUGAGAAGCACCUCUUGCCUGUUAACUUCACUUAAAACACAAGCCUAUGUGUGCAACACAUGAAAGGAUUUAAACGGUGGAAGGCAUCCGGGGAAAUUGAAUAGUGAUCGUGGACAUUAUGGAAACGAGUUUCUCUGCAGUGCUGUGAAACGAUCCUGCUUACUCGGUGAAAAAUCCACUUUAAAAGGCUUUUGUUUGGUCUAUUUAGAUGAUGCACAGCGUAAAAAAAUUAGGUUAAACUAGAAGAAAUAUUGUCAAACAUUUCACCGGUGGAUUUCCUUAAGCUUUUCUCAUGCAGACAGGCAUGCCUUUUCGUUCUUGUACUGUUAUGAAAUGUGUUGCUUUUCUGCAAAAGAAUGUUUGGAAGUGCUGCAUGAUACAGAACAUUUGCAAUGAAUGUAUCCGAAUGUUUUGUUGGCGUAAGAGUGAAAUUUCGUGUUUGUAGUUCUCUGGUUUCUUUUAGAAACUCAAACUAAAGUUUUUGAUGCUUGAUGAGGUGUGUCUUUGUGUGAUGUCAAUAAAUGCAGUUCAGGACUUUCUCUUUUCCUCUGCCUGCCAGUUCCAUCUUGAUCCCAGGUAUUUAAACCUGCCAAACUUCGCUACCUCUGCUCCUUGCAGCUUCACUCAGGAGGAACAGUGAUCAGAUGAAAUGGAUUCACAGUGCUUUAUGCUUCCUUACUGGACAGACUGAUCAGAUCCCUGAAGUUUAUACCGUGACGAUCGAGCGUUCCCUUCAUUUAUUUAUUUUGAGCAGUGUAUCACAGAUUCAGCCUGUGGUGAUUCAUAAGCAGCAAAACAAUUUAAUCAUUAACAUGUACUCCAGAAAAUCUCAAUUUCUGUUUUGCUGGGAUGUUUUUUGUUUUUUGUUUUUUUAUUUAACAUCCAUUUCAAAAAC